AUGUCUGACAUGAAUAUUUUAGUCACCAAUUCUGUUCGCAAAAUUGAACUUGACGUUACCGACAUCAAACAAAUGCUAGCUGCGCUGUCUGAUCAGUUCAAAAAUCAAUUUUCACUAAACAUCACCGAUCAAGAUGUAAAUAUGAUACAAAAAAGUAUCGUCAAACAAAGUGCUCUUGAUCGAAUCACCGAGUCGGUAAAAAGAUCCCAAGUGAUUGAAUAUCCUGAUCAGCUUGGUGAACGAACGAUUGACACAAAUUCUGAAGAGUUUGAAGGAAAGAAGGAUGUUCCCGAUGAGCAACAAAAGCCACCUCUAGUCCCAAUUUCACAACGUGAUUUGGAAAUCAAACGAGUCCAGUUGAAGUCACUGGCACGUAGAUUGAAGCAUGAUUUGACUGACCUGGAACACCCUGACGUGUUACAAAACUGGAAGGAUAUCCCGGCAACUGAUAUAAAAUUUUACAUGUUGCACCUGGCAAAGCUUGCGAAUGACAAAGGAUUCAACAUAUACCAGUACUCUAUCAAUGACGCUUUCAAAGAUAUGGGUCGCGAUGAGUCCCCCAUCCUAGCAGAAGUGCUUUCCCCUCCACCAGAGGUAGCGAAUGAAUCUUCACUUCAUAACGUGGGUGUUAUUCGCUCACCUCAAGCAAAGCUGAACUUGAACAAGGCAACGGAAGAUGCUUUUAAUGCCAGUGACGCUAUCAACGUUAGAAGGGACUUUGCAUCGAUGAAUAACAAGUGGAUUAGCCUCUGUGAUACGUUCAGAACCAGACGAGACGCUGCUAAUUCUACUGGUAGUGCACCUCUUCAAAACUGGGAGUUUCACGAUCUGAUGGAACAGGCAACAUCGAGAAUGCAAUUAAACUGUAGUGGAGACUUUGUUGUCGGUAAAGUGUAGAAAUGUCUGAUUCCAUAAUCAUAUUCAUAUCAUCAUUAAGUCCAAAAAAAUUUAUUUCGAUUCAACAAUUACAGUAACAAUUUGAGAUAGGUUCAUUUUGUUUUCUCUAGAAAUAAAAAGUAUAUCGAAACAAUAGAGUCCUUGAAAAAUAAUAACACAUAGGUUAGCAUUUUGAGUGAAGUUUAUAUUUUAAUCACUCAAAAAGGGUCAUUAAAAAGCAACGUCAUGGAUUUUGAAAAAAGCUAUCUUUUCGAAGUCUGAAGUAACCUUUUACAAAAAAUAAAAAUAAUAAAGUCCUUAAUAAGGAUCUUUAAAAAAAUAAUUUUGUUGCUUGUGAGGGCC